AUGAGCAACGGUCAUCUGCCGGCUGGGUCACCAGCCAUGCCCGGCGGCGGGCAUGGAGGCCACGGGGCCCAGCCUGCAUACGGCAUGGGAGGAAGCCCCGUCCCGAACGGCGGCCGAGCAUUGUACCCGUCACAGUAUCCUCAGCCCCGGGGUCGCGGAAGGGCACAACAAUAUUCCCACCCCGCCCAGCCCCAGAACUACUACGCCCAGCAACAUGUUCAGGCACAGGCUCAGCCCUCCCAGUUCUCUCCCCACAUGUACGGCUCGUACCCUCAGCAAGGCUACAACAGCAUGUAUGGCUAUCCCAACCAGCAGCCAUACGUGGGCUACCACUACAACCAGAACGGCGUCGUCCCUGCGGCGUACGGCCACCCGCAACACCAACAACAUUACUACAACCAGCAACAUAUGCCCAUGCAGUCAUGGUACCCUGCCGCCUCUAUUCCUCAUUACCAGCUGUCUCAGUCUCCUUCCAUCAACACUCCGUACCCGCCGCCACCUCCGAUGGCCCCGGUCCAGUCUCCUGAUGUUGUCCCCAUUCCACCCGUCGUCCCUCCUCCUCAGCCGACUCCGCCAGCCUUCAACCCCGCCCCGCAGGCUGCUCCCGUACCCUCUGCUCCGAUACCUACCGAGACACCCGUGGACCAGUCACCGUCACCCGCACAGCCCGAUAAUGAAGAACCCACUUCCGAGUCCUUCUACUUCUAUCCUCAAUCCUCAGAGCACGGGCUCGCCUCGGCAGAGCCCGAAGAAGCUGUGUCAAAGCCCGCCUACCAAUCAGUAUCAUCGAGCACUGAUGCUCAGGCAACUUCUCGACCGACGUCGCCGGGUUAUAGCCCCAUAGAGCCUCAGCCUGGGCGCACGUGGCAUCAAAUCCCUUGGUCUACGCAUCCCCUUGACGACUGGCCUAAGAGGAACAAGCCCAGGAGGAAGAAGAAGGCUUCGCAGGCUACGACAACGCACACAACACAAGCAGCCCCAUCAGAAGGUUCCGCAAGCCUUGCGGCAACGGAAACCGCGCACGGGCAGGCUUCAUCCGUGAAGCACGCCAAUGUUGACGAGCAAGAUGACUCAAGCUUGACGGAAACGACCUCUUCCACACUAAAUGUUGCUACGGAUGCCUCAACAACGAGCACACCAGAACCAACAACCCAACGCUCCCCGCUGCAGAAGACGACGUCUGUCACGGCAUCCGCACAGAUACCCAAGACCACCCCUCGUAAUGCGGCUCCAGCACUGCCGGUUCUUCCCGUCCUGCCCAAGGAGGGCGCCGUCGACCGUAACAAACCGACCGUUGGCCAGGAAGAUACCAGCAAACAAAGUGACAAGCCCAACGCUCAGUCUGAAAUCCCUGAGGAACCAAAGGAGGAUGAGAAACCUGCUCCACCGGCCGCUCCAAAAUCUUGGGCCGCUAUCGCGAAGGGGCGCUCAGUCCCCAAGCCAGCUGCGCCGGGCCAGCCUGAGUUGAAUGGGGCAGCGCCCGGCGACAAUGCAUUGUCAGAGGUCAUCGGCGGAGCUGCAACUUCCAAAUCCAGUUCUGCUUCUUUGGCUGAAGCCCUCAAGUCGUUCGAGGCGGGGAACAGUGGCCCGAUUCACUUCAUCGAACCUAGCGGUUUGAAGAAUACAGGCACCGAUUGUUACAUGAACUCGGUUCUGCAGUUGCUCCUCUUCUGCACCCCAUUCUACAACUUCCUUGACCAAGUCCGCAAAAAUGUCGUUCACAGUUUCAAGACGUCGUCAAAGACACCUUUGAUCGAUGCGAUGAUCGGAUUCAUCUCAGAUUUCAGAUCCAUUAAUUCUGCUGACAGUCCCGACCAACUGCAAAGAAAGCUGAAACCGGAAGACCAUCUUCCUAUGGGCAAGGCGUUCGCGCCGAACGGUGUCUACAAAGUUGUCAGAGAGUUGGAACGUUUCAACACUGUAAAGCCUGGUUCUCAACACGAUGCUCCUGAAUUUCUCAUGCUCCUACUCAACGGCCUAGAGGAGGAGUGCGAAAGAAUGAUCAGAGACUCUGCGACGUACGCGUCGGGCUCUGAUCAAGCCUCAUUUGAUCAGAGCGAAGUCAUUAAUAGCGGUGCCGAUGCAUCGGAUGAUUGGACCGAGGUGGGACAGCGCCAGCGCCUUGCCGUCAGCCAAAGAUCCGGGCCUGCCACCAUCCCGAACCCCAUCAGCAAAAUCUUCUCUGGUCAACACCGGGAGGUGCUCCGACUAUCCCGCAAGGAGUCCGUCACAUACAAUGCAUAUCAAAAUCUGUCGCUCGCCAUCGACGAUCCAUCGAUCAAGACAGUCAUAGACGCGCUGAAGUACUUCCACAGAUCUGAGCCUAUCACGUCGAAGAACUCCCAAGGUAUCGAAGUCAAUGGGACAAAGCAGACCUUGAUAGAAACCCUGCCACCGAUUCUCAUUAUGCAUCUCAAACGUUUCUAUGUCAACGGAGGUGAAGCCGAGAAAACAUGGAAAGUGGUACGCUACCCCCUGGAAUUCGAGAUGCCACAGGAAAUCCUGUCAAGGCAGACUCGCAACCGGCUGUUGGCUGGAGGUCGCGAUCUUCCAAAGUAUAAGCUCACUGGCGUGGUGUAUCACCACGGCGCGAGUGUUACCAGCGGCCACUACACUGUUGAUACUCUUCGCCAAGACGGCCAGGAAUGGCUCCGGUUCGAUGACACGAUGAUCACCCGCAUCAGUGGCGAUGCUGUCGCAGAGGCGGGGGUCGAGGAAGCCAACCAAAAGUCUGCCGCUACUACCAAGAACGAGAGGGUCAAUGAGCCGAGCAACAACCGCUUCGCCGCCAUGGGUGACGAUGACGCUACUGAUAAUGAUGGCGACUGGAAGCAAGUUGGCCCUGGCGCGAAUGGUGCCAAGAAAUACAGCAGUGCUGUCAACGGGAGCUCAUCUGGCACUAGUACGCCCAGAAGCAAGCCUGUCCGGGACCACAAGGACCACAACAAGGUUGCAUAUCUGCUCUUCUAUCAGUUGUGGAACUAG